AUGCCACUCAAAAGAAAGAGGAAGACGGGGCAGACCGAGGAGAACGAACGGUGGGCCUAUGGAGAUAUUAUGGACGGCACGAGACGUCACAUUCUUGACAUCAACAAACUGGGCCUUGGGUUCACCUGGGUAGGCGCGCCGACCCCAGAGCCGCUUGAAGAUGAAGAGGAACUACCGAAACCGACAAAGCUUGAAAGAAAGAGAUGGCAGCAUGCUGGGCGUGUGCCGCUCACAGAUUACUCGAAACUGCCUGAUGGCUGGACUAUGCAUGAUGAUGAUGUUGACCCAUCGGAUCUCUCGGCUCAGAUAGUGAGAUGCAAGGAAAGAAUCGUCGACAAUAUUCUACCUGAUAUAUUCAAGAGCAGAUUGGCCGAAUUGGAAGAGGAAUGUCGCAUGCGCCAGGAGAUUUCCCAGACCGAGGCUGGAAUCACCGACUGGAAUGUUCUCCAACGAAUUAAACAUCUCUUAGUAAUCCGUGAGGGUUUGAUUGAGAGUAGAGACGCUGCUGACAAGGUAGUGACAGUUGAUGCCAUUUUGCUUGCCUAUAGAACGAAAGCGCUUGAUUGGAACGAUGGCCUUGUCACCUAUUGGCAGCAAGGGAAGCAGCUCUGUCACCCAAGGCCCUUCGUCUGGGAUGAAUACGAGUGUGUCGCCUCAGCGUCUGGUGAAAUUUGGAGUUUUUGGGUAGAAGGGAUUCGGUUGGCUGUACGAGUGCCGGGUAUUCAAUCCUAUGCAGAACUUGAUUUUCUCUGGGAUACUGGAGCCUCAUGUAUGAUUCUCAACCAAAAAGACCUGAAUGAAAUUCUAGGACCCUUUGGAAACCUCUUGGGAGCCAAUGCUGCUAACGGUCAAUAUCGGGCUAUCCCAAGUCUUGGCUCUUCGGCGAUAAAGGGAGUAACAGGAGAUACUAAAGUACGCCCCGUAAUCGAGCUUGAGAUUACUGUUCGCGGAGGGGACGCUCGAAGAAGAAGACUUAUGCCAUGGACCAGAGUCCAAGCCAUAGUCACACCCCAUACACCAAAUCAGCCUUCUGCAACCCGCCUUGAUGGUCCGGCCCUGCGGUCACUUUUGUACAUGGGAACCGCGCCGGACAAUCAUCUCCAGCGCGAGCUAGUCUUGUCGACAUGCGCAACUAUGAAACUGCCACGAUUCGAUCUUGCAACAACACCACGGAAUGGCAUGAACCAUAGUUUGGUCAGACAAACUCCAGGGCCUGCCGUUGGCCUGGCACCCGCUGGUCCAGGAGUUUUCACCGCGCCACCUUGGUUCGGCCCAGGACCGCCAGCAGGGAUGGCUGCAAUACCUAUGGCACCCAUCCCGGUUCCCCGUGGACCUGCUCCGCCACCCUUAUUACCACCUGUUGGUUUACCACCACUUCCCCCCGGCGGCUACUAUGGAAUUGGACCUGGACCCGCUCCGGUUCCUGUGGGGCCUCCACCUGGUCCCCCUCUACCUGCUCCAGCUCCUGGCCCCACUCGAGGCAAAGGAGGCGGACCUGGAGCUGGGCGCGGUCGUGGAGCUGGAGGCGGGCGUGGAGCUGGAGGCCCUUAG